GCAUCAGAGCGCUCGCUCCGAGGGGCCGCAAUGAGGCCAGAUACAGCCACAAGCCACGGCACAAGAGAGGAGCCGCACUAUGCCUCCGAUGCUCCGUCGCCGCCAGCAGCGCAGAAGAGGGGGGCGGCUACUCCAUCACACACGUGGCUUGCGCGUACCUGCGUCGGUCCUGGUACCUUUGACGCCCACCUCGGCAGCAUGCCCGAGGCGCCGAUCCUCAGCGCCUUCGCUCAAAGCCACAGCUCGGUCCGUGCUCGGUCGAGGGUAUGUCAGCAUCCAGCAGCACAGCAUGCAGCGUUGGCACCACCACGUGCUGCGAGAGCAAGGGGACUAUGAGAGGCGUACGAUCUCGCAGCGUGCUAUUUCGAGCUUGCUGCUGAUCUCUGUUGGCAGAAGCGGGGCCGUGCGGGUUCGAAGCAGGUGCGGGAAUCGCACGAUGUGGGAGAGCUUGCCCUCUCCUGCCAAUCUUUCGGGCGAGCAGCAGCCGCAGCUGCUCGAAGAAGAGGGGUCGCUGAGCCGUGAAGGGGCAUGGCGAGGCGCGCGAGCAGGAAGACAGAGGAGGAGGAUGACGCGCGGCAGCUCUGCUCGGCCAGCAGAGCGCCACUUAGGCACAGGGGCAGCACUGUACGAUAAAGGCGGGCAGCUCUGCGCUUUGCUCGUCAUCAUCAUCCCGUUGCAUUUAGAGCACCCACUCGCCGCGCAGUGCUGCGUGCUGCCUUUCAAGACCGGCCGCGGGCGCCAGCCAGCAACCAGCGCGGCAGCAGCGCGUAGAAGCGCAGAGGAGACGAGGAGGUCGCUCUUCAGCUGCUGCUGUGCGCUUGCGGACGAAGCGGCGCUUCCACGUCGGCGGAGCGGAUCCGGCGAGCCGGCGCGCCUAGCGGAGAGCUGUGCUGGCGCUGCGGCCAGGUACCUGGCUCAGGGGCUUGCAAACACCCCUGAGAGCCACAUAGAGCACGCAGCGCACGCUCGCGGCGGCCGAUGCAGGACGCCCCUCUCUCGGAGACGCAUCGGCGUGAAGCGCUGCUCCGCCGGAUAGCGAGCUCGUGGCUGCAGCUGGGCAGGAGAGCUGUGCUUGGCCUCCUCGGCCAGCCAGAGAGUGGCGGUGCCUGCACUGGCGAGGGA